AUGAAUUUCCAAAAGCAAUACCUUGAUUUGGUGUUGGUCCCAAGUGGGUUGCUCAUCAUGUUUGGUUAUCAUUUCUUCCUCCUCUACAGAUGCCUCCAUCUACCUCACACCACUGUCAUUGGCUUUGAAAACCAUGACAAGAAAGCUUGGGUCGAGAGAACUAUGCAGCUUCAUCAUAGGGAUAUUGGUACAGCUCUGACUGUGCUCUCAAACAAUAUACACGCGGCAACAUUCUUAGCAUCAGUCUCUCUAACUCUUAGCUCUCUGAUCGGAGCAUGGAUCGCGAACAACCAGGACAUCUUUCAGAGCAAAUUGGUUUAUGGCGACACGAGCCCAUCCAUCAUGUCCAUCAAGUACAUAAGCCUCCUCAGUUGUUUCCUGACGGCAUUUUCAUGCUUUGUGCAAUCAACAAGGUCCUUUAUCCAUGCAAACUAUCUAAUAAGUACACCAGACAGUGACAUACCUGUCAAAAAUGUUGAGUUGGCUGUUAUUAGGGGAGGUGAUUUUUGGUUUCUUGGGCUUAGAUCACUUUAUUUUGCUGUCAAUAUGCUACUGUGGUUUUUUGGUCCAAUACCAAUGUUUGUUAAUUCAGUUAUGAUGGCGUUGAUUCUUCACCACCAUGACAAAAACAGCACCCCAUUGCAUCCACAUCGAUCUCCAGUGAAGCAGAAGGUCAAAAUGGGGGAGAGCAAUGACACAAGCCCGGACUCCCGACAGUCGUGGCUCUCGCAAGAGUGGGCCCCCCCACCACAAGAGGCAUGGGUCCCACCACAACAAGAGGAGUGGGCCCACACGUCUUGCGAGAGACGCGACUCUCGAGAGUCAGGACUUGUAUCAUUGCUCUAA